CGGUGCCUCAGACGGCCGGUCCAAACCAACCCAGCCCCGACUCCUCCCCAAUCCCGAGAUUUCUUUUCCCCGGCUUUCCUGCCCUGCCUCCUUUCUCCCCUUCUCUACGUCAGUCUCCGGUCACGUCCCAGCCGGCACCAGGACUCACACCCCAAAGCCCAAAGAAGAACCGCGACGGUAGCGAUGGCCGGAAUCAUGGCAAACCACCACCCUUCCCCCCCAAUGCAGAUGCAGAUGCAUCACGGUCCGCCGGGACCGGCUCGCGCGCCGCCGCCGCAGUCCUUUUCCUCCUCGCGCCAGACCCUUCUGCAGCUGAACGAGGCUGUGUGGAUCCAACUAGGCGGGCUUGCCGAGCAGAUGGGUAAUUUGGAUGAUGCGAUGGCGUCGUACGAGCGCGCCCUCCGGACGAAUCCGAACUCCAUCCCUGCCAUGAGUGCCAUGAGUUCGGUGCUGAGGACCCGCGAGGAGUUCGCCAAGGCCGCCGAGUAUCUGAAUGCCAUCUUGAAGCUGGAUGAAAGGAACGGAGAGGCCUGGAGCUCUCUCGGACAUUGCUACCUGAUGAUGGACGAUCUUCAGCAGGCAUACAAUGCGUAUCAGACGGCGUUGGGCCACCUUCCGAACCCAAAGGAGCCUCGCCUCUGGUAUGGAAUCGGCAUCCUGUAUGACCGGUACGGGUCGUUGGAGCACGCCGAGGAGGCCUUCGCCGAGGUCAUGAAGAUGCAACCAGACUUUGAGAAGGCGCACGAAAUUUACUUCCGGCUCGGUAUCAUCUACAAGCAGCAACAGAAGUACAACGAGUCCUUGGAGUGCUUCAAAUACAUCGUCAACUCUCCCCCGCCGCCGCUCACUGAGGAGGACAUUUGGUUCCAGAUUGGCCACGUCCACGAGCAACAGAAGGACUUUGAGAACGCAAAGGCCGCCUACCACCGGGUGCUCGAACGUGACCCUAAUCAUGCCAAGGUCCUCCAGCAGCUUGGUUGGCUGUAUCACACCCAGAGCCAGCAUUUUGAUAGCCAGGAGCGAGCGAUUGAAUACCUGGAGAAGUCUGUAGCAGCUGACAAUUCGGAUGCGCAAAGCUGGUAUCUCCUCGGUCGAUGCUACAUGCAGAUGCAGAAGUACCCCAAGGCGUACGAGGCUUAUCAGCAAGCCGUGUAUCGCGACGGCCGGAAUCCCACCUUCUGGUGCUCUAUCGGAGUCCUUUACUACCAGAUCAAUCAGUACCGCGACGCCCUGGAUGCGUACUCUCGUGCCAUCCGCCUCAACCCGUGGAUAUCAGAAGUCUGGUAUGACUUGGGCACUCUUUACGAGUCGUGCAACAACCAAAUCGCCGACGCGCUCGAUGCAUACCAGCGUGCUGCUGAGCUGGAUCCCACGAACCCUCACAUCAAGACCCGGCUCCAGCUGCUCCGGAGCGGACAAGCUAAUGGCGCCCCUCCGGGCCAGGCGCCGAUGCCCACGGAUGUCCAUCCUCAGGCUUAUCAGACCCCUGGGGCAGUUGGUCCCCCGGGACCGCAGUGGGCCGGGUCGGGCUCCGGAGCACCUCCGCAACCGCCACAGUCGUUGCUUAACGGCGGACCGCAAGGCCCUGGUCCGAAUUCUUGGGGAGGCAGGAUUUCGGAAAUCAACCCUCCCCCGCAGCCGCGGAACCCUUAUGCGACGGAGCGCGAGCCCUUUCGUGGCCCGCCUCCCCCCGGUCAACGACCGCCCAGUCCCCAACAGGAGCAGCAGCAGGUGAGGCCGUAUCCGGAGGCCAACAGGGUCCCCGAGCCGCACAGACGGGGCCCGUCCCCUCCGCCGCCAGCGCACUAUGCGACGCCUCUCCCGCCACAGCCGCCUGCGCAACAGGCCCCGCAGCCACCUCAGGCGGCCCAACCUCCACGAGUGAGGAAUCCGACCUAUGCCGGCCAUAUCCCCGCGCCCUUGCACCAGUCUAACUCGGCUCCCGGCCCGAGUGGAGCUGCCUCGAACCCUUUGAUGCCGUACCGCACGGGUAGCCCCAGGACCGAGAGUCGGGCCCCACCCAUGCACGAGAACCGCAUGCCGUCCCCCAAGUCGGCGUAUCCGCAGCACCAGCCUCCUCCCUACCCAGCGCAUGUCGAACAGGCAAUCCCCAGUGGCCCCGAGCCCGGCAUGCCUCUUCCUCCUCAGCCCGGUAUGCCCGCUGAUGCGGCUCUCCACCGGGAGCAUGACACUCGCCCGCCCUCAGUGGGUCCCAAGAGGAUGCGCGAGUGGGAAGAUGAACGGGAGGCGAAGAAGCCCUCGACCGAGGAAUCUCGCGCGCGCAUGGAAGACGUCCGGCAUCGUCGCCCGUCUACCCCCCCUCGGCUGGAGCCAUACCGCCGAAACUCAUCGGAAGCUAGGCGUCUGGACGAGCGGCGCAUGGAGGACGCCCGACGAGCCGAGGAGCAGCGCCACGUGGCCGAAGCCUACCAUCCCUCAGAGGCUGCCCACCACCCGCAGUCGCACUCGGUUGCUGCCCACCUGCCGCCCAUGCAGCAGGGGCCGUCCGCAAUGCAGGGCCUCAUGCACGAGGCUCCCGGCCCCCAGGCAGGACCCCUUAAGAAAGAGUACCCUUCGGGACCCGAUGACCGGCGGAUGGAGCACCCCGUUGCUGCUCACCCCGCGGUCGUCAGCGAGCCGGAGAGGGCGGCCAGGAAGAUGGAGGUGGAUGAAGACUACGAUGACAGCGGCGAGGAGGACAAGAAGGGUGCCAUAAUUCCCGGCUCUGCCACCGGCUCGGGUCCUGCUGCGGCCGGCGAGAUGAAAAACGGAACGCCCACAAGUGCGGGCAUCAACGGCAUGCUGCACCAGAAGCCGGAGAGCAACUGAUUUUGUCUAUCUUCCCCUAAACAAACACACUCACGUGUUACCCCAACAUACCCCCGAUCUCGCAUUCUGUGUUUGUUUUUUUUUCCCACGCGCUUCUUGGCUUCCGCAACCCACCGCAACGCCGACCGCUUGAUCGGUCUAGUCUCUGUUCCCCUUUUCCUAUUCGUUUUCGUUUGUUGUUUUCUAGCACAUGAGAGGUCUCCGUGGUUCUCGCCGUUCCAAGGGAAUUGUUGCUCAGUCAGUCAUGGGUUUCGACAUAUGGGCGGUGAUGUGCCUGUGAGAUACGGGAAAAUAUCC